CUUUGAUAUUCUCUAAUACGCAAAGAUGGCUGUUGCGCUUGACGCAGUGAUAGAAGCGAUAAAUAACGGACCUUUUGAAUUCGACGCUAUUGGAAUACCAUCAGAUGAAGAAGAAGACUUGGACAGACGUUUGGUGAUGUCAGAUAGCGACCCAAGGCAAGUAUUUUCAUGUUUUUAGCGAACAGAUGUUUUCAUGUCAUGGCCGAAGGAUAAAUUUACAUCCGACGCAACAUGAACUUUGACGCACAUUAUUAUUAUUAUUAUUACUAUUAUUAUUAUUAUUAUUAUUAUUAUUAUUUAAGCUUAUUUAUUCGCGGUAGCCUUUCAGAAGUCUGUUUUUCAAAGGGCCGUGCACACUUACUAUAAAUUAUUAUAAAAAUAUUAAAAUUAUGAACUAAAGAAACAAUCAUGCAUAAUAUACUCUAUUUACAUCGGCAAGCCAUAAUGCUUUGAUAUGGUUUGGCAGGAUGACCUCCCAAUUCAAAUUAGUCUUUUAAAAGAACUGAUGGAAGUUUCAGAUAUUUCUGUAAUUGGAAGUUUUUCCAUUAAAAUUUGGUUCCAUGAAACUGCUCCUCUAGAGGAGAAGCUUCGUUUUCUCCUAUAGUCUAAGAUCUGAUACGAAAUAUAACAAAUAUACAAAUAAUCGAUAUAAUAAGGCAUUUAUAUGAUAGUUUUGUCAUUUAUAUUGCCACAAAAAUCAAAGGUUUGAACCGAUAUCAAAAUGUGUGAGCGUCGUGUUGCACACGUGGCAUAAGUGGGCAUUUAAAAAAUUAAUUUAUGCAUUUUCGGUUAUAUGAAGUAAGAUAAUACCAUGUGUAUCAGUAUGUUUAUAGUAUUUUAUUUUUUUAUAGUGAUGAAGAACCUGCUGAUGAAGAAGAUGAUGAUUUUGAAGCACAUGAGGAGGAUUGGGAGGAGGAUGGUGAUUUAGGGGAGGGUAGUGGUGGUAGGGGCCGAUCCCCAAUUAGGAGACCGGCUGACUCCCCUAAUGGUACUUCUGUCAAUAGGGGAAGGGGCAAUAGGGGCAGUAGGGCCAGGGGUGGUAGGGCCAGGGGCAGUAAGGCCAGGGGUGGUAGGGCCAGGGGUGGUAGGGCUAGGGGUGGAAGGGCCAGGGGUGGAAGGGCUAGGGAUACCGGGGCCAACAAUAGUAGUAGUAAAUCUUAUGAUGACGCAGACAUUAGUAAUACCCUCCCUCCCUUUCAACCAAGCCGUCCGCCAGGAAUUCAUUUUGAUAGACAUGUCUUGCGGGGAGGAAUGACAACUGAAUUAGAAUUUUUUCAUCUCUUCUUCACCACCGAGAUGAUAAAAUCAGUUGUUGCCCACACCAACAGCUACGCAUUCAUGAGACUUGUAGCUGGGGGGUUCACCACAUACACCACUGGGGAGGGGGCCUGGAAAACAACUACUGAAGAUGAAAUAAAUCGUUUAAUUGCUAUUUUGAUUUAUUUUGGUCUGGUACGUGUAGACACAGCAGUUGAAAAGUAUUGGAGCACAAAGACCCUUUACCACGGUCUCUGGGCAAGGAAAAUACUUUCCCGUAAACGUUACAAAGCCCUUAUGGCAUUCUUGCAUGUGGUAGACCCCGCCGAAGAGGUUGCUAGCAAUAAACUGCGCAAGGUUGAGGAGUUUCUGGCAUCGUUCAAAGAGCGAUGCCGUAUGUUAUACCAACCAUACCAGAAUAUUGCUGUAGAUGAACGCAUGGUUAAGUCUAAGCAUAGGUCAGGGAUUAGGCAAUACAUGAAGAAUAAGCAAGAUGAACGCAUGGUUAAGUCUAAGCAUAGGUCAGGGAUUAGGCAAUACAUGAAGAAUAAGCCUACAAAAUGGGGGAUAAAGCUCUGGGUAUUGGCAGAUAGUUCAAAUGGGUAUACAAUUGAUUUCAAUGUUUACAUAGGUAAGUCACAGCAUGAAGCACCGUCGCAGAAUGGCCUUGGUUAUGAUGUGGUGAUGAAGUUGGUGAAUCCAUAUUUGGGGCAGGGGUAUCAUGUAUUUUUUGAUAAUUUUUUUUCAUCCCCUAAGUUAGUCCAAGAUUUGUUCAUGAAUGGGACCCCAUCAUCAGGCACAUGUAAAAUUAACAGGGAGGGUUUCCCCGAAUCCAUGAAGGAUGUGAAGGUGUGGGCGAGGAAUUUGAAGCGAGGUAGCAUGCGAUGGGCAAGGGAAUCCAAUGUGUUAACCCUGCAAUGGAUUGAUAACAGGCCUGUUUCCUUGAUUACAUCAAUUGAUUCCGCGAAUGAUAAAAAGGAUGUGGAGAGAAGGACGAAAACGAGAGGAGUGUUUGAAAAGGUGAAUGUAAGCCAGCCCUAUGCAUUUCAUAGAUAUAACCAGUACAUGAACGCAGUAGAUAGGUCAGACCAAAUGCUUGCAUAUCAUAAUGUAUCUCGUAAGUGUUAUCAAUGGUGGAAGACAUUAUUCUUCCACUUAAUAGAUAUGGCAAUUGUUAACAGUUUCCUUCUAUUUCAAAGCCAUCGUAACAGUGACCCGGGUAAUCCGGCAUUGCAUCGUAAGUCCACAUAUACUAUGGUUGAUUAUAGGGAAGAGCUUGUUAGACAGCUUUGUGGGUUAGCAGAGUAUGAUAGACCUCCUGUGAAUGAGCAAGUGCAGGCUGUUCCUCCCCCAGAUCAGUUCUGUACUGCCCAUUUAGCUACAACAGCAGCAAAUGGUGUAAGAAGGAAUUGCGUUGUUUGUUAUGCAGAAGGUCGAGGGGAGAGGAAGGUUUCUACUUAUUGUAGUGCCCCUCAGUGCAAUAGGCACAUGCAUGUUGGUGGUGAGCAUGAUUGUUUUGUUGUAUGGCAUAGUAGGGAUUACACUGGUAGGAGGUCAUGAGUAUUUCUGCAUUUGGUAUUUUGGGUGGACUGAAACAUGUCCAACAUCAAAUUUGUCAAAC